UCCUUGCCUAAUUUUAAAAUUCUGGUUCGUCUAUAUAUGCUCGGUAAUACUUUGCUCUCUGCAUUAGAAUUCAACCAACUCUCUUCUUGAUUUGGUUUGUUGAGAGAUUAGAGAAUGUCUGCUGUAACAAUGGGGUUAAACAGUGAUGAAAAGCCACAUGUUUUGGCUGUUGAUGACAGUGUUUUGGAUCGUAAAAUCAUCGAGAGGUUACUCACCAAUUCUUCAUGCAAAGUGACAACAGCAGAAAAUGCACAUGGAGCACUGGAGCUGUUGGGUUUGGCAGAUGGGCAACAGAACUUUUCUAACACUGUUUCCGGCGUUAACAUGAUAAUCACCGAUUACUGCAUGCCAGGAAUGACAGGAUACGAACUACUAAAAAAAAUCAAGGAAUCACCAACAGCGAAGGAGAUACCGGUAGUUGUUGUAUCAUCUGAGAACGUACAGACUCGGAUUGAAAAGUGUCUUGAGGAAGGAGCUGAAGAGUUCUUGCUGAAGCCUCUUCGACAAUCGGAUGUUAAAAGAUUGAAAGGCCAUCUAGCGAAGGAUGGAAGCCCUGCUGAUGAGGAAAUGUUCUGUGUGGGAAGAUGAUUCUAGUUUCUUAUCAAGUCCAAGAUU